UCUCGGAACCUUAUGGGAAGUGUGGUGGCUGCAACAUUUUGCCGAGACCAAAGGGAAAAAAAAGAAAAGAAAACACCUUUACGCUCCCCCCAUCUCAACCUUCAAACUUCUUCUCUCUUUUUCUCAAAACAUUUAUUAAAGCUUAUCAAAAUUUCCGUAUUCAACUUUGCUUUUUCCAGAACCAUAAUCUCAUCUAAAAAAACGUUUUGCAGAAGGAAUUUUUUUGUUUAAAUUGAUCCAAUUUUGUUCUUCCAUUUUUUAUGAUUUGCUUGACAAGUCAAAAAUUGUGCAUACCCAAAAAACGAUUUGAAUCACAUUUCGGACCAUACAUCGCCACAAAACAACAACAAAAUUUAAGGCUAAUUAAUUCUGGGUAUUCAUAUUUAUCCGAGUUGAAAUUAUUAGCUUUUGGGAUUAGAAGAAGAAGAAGAGCAAUGGCGGUUGAAUUAGCAACAAAAUCAAACGAAGCAACAAUUAUAUUAACAUCAGGUGCAAGCGGGAGAAUCAAUGCACUGUUUUCAUUACGAGUAUUACGAAGCUUGUUCCUAUUAAUCAAUGCUUUCAUAUUAUUGUUGUUGUUGCCAUUUCGUGGACGAAGGAGGAUGACCUCACAGACGACGAUGAUGACGUCGUCGGGGUCGUCAGAGAAGGAGGACAAGGCGGCGGUGGUGGAGAGGAAAAGUGGCGGUACGGUGGUUAGAGUGCCCUCGAAAAUGGUGCCACGUAAGAGUGCGGUGGAGCAAGAGGUGGCGGCUAGAAGAUCGCUAGCCAUAAGAAGGGUACUUCAGGAAGAUGAUAAAGAGACUUUGAGGAAAUUUUCGCUCUUUGUUACGUCUAAAGGAGAUACCAUGUUUACACAAUCAUGGACACCUGUUUCCUUCAAAGUCAGGGGAUUGGUUUUCUUGUUGCACGGUCUCAAUGAACACAGUGGCCGAUAUAAUGAUUUCGCCAAGAAGCUAAAUGCAAAUGGCUUUAAAGUUUAUGGAAUGGAUUGGAUCGGACAUGGUGGAAGUGAUGGACUGCAUGCAUAUGUCCCUUCUCUUGAUGAUGCUGUUAAUGACACGAAACAAUUUCUCUCAAAGGUUUUAGCUGAAAAUCCUGGACUUCCAUGUUUUUGCUUUGGACAUUCUACUGGUGCAGCCAUAGUCCUCAAGGCAGCACUUGAUCCAAAGGUAGAAUCUAGGAUUGAUGGUGUUGUAUUGACUUCACCUGCUGUAGGAGUUCAACCAGCUCAUCCGAUUUUCACAGUACUUGCUCCAAUUGUCUCAUUUCUAUUGCCUAGAUACCAGUUCAGUGCAGCAAACAAAAGGGGUGCGGUAGUGUCUAGGGAUCCGGCAGCAUUACUGGCCAAGUAUUCAGAUCCACUAGUAUUCACUGGAUCCAUUAGGGUACGAACAGGUUAUGAGAUCCUUCGGAUAACUGCCUACUUGCAACAGAAUCUGUGCAAGUUGACAGUACCGUUCCUAGUUCUCCAUGGCUCUGAUGAUGCAGUGACCGACCCUGAAGGCUCUAAGAAGCUCUAUGAAGAGGCUUCUUCAACUGAUAAAAGUAUCAAGCUGUAUAAAGGGUUAUUGCAUGACCUGCUUUUUGAACCUGAAAGAGAGGAAAUCAUGAAGGAAAUAAUUGACUGGUUGAACCAAAGAUUGUUGAGUGCUCAAUCCGAAGAGAUUAGCAGGGGAGAGGAAGAGAGCUGAGCUUGGUCAAUUAGUUUUAAUCAUGUUGUGACUUGGUCGAACCCUGCAUUCUUAGAUGUUAUGUAAACUAAUCAUACUCAGUUUUCUCAAUUUUCUUGGGAAGGAUUACUCCAAGGGAAUGGUUUUGCUAUCUUA